AUGGCCGGUCGGCACACUGGCUUGCCGCCGCCGCUGCCUUUCGCUCAUCCUGCAGAUUUGGUGCGAGCACACCAGAAAGACGAGCAGUGCAGAGGUGAGCUCCGCCGUCUGGUUUUAGAUGCUGUCGACGAGACUUUGGGCCGCAGAGCUGCUGCAUGGCAGUCAACAGCGGGAGCCUUGGCCGACUUUGCAUAUGCUCUUUGCACAGCAGUCUUUGCUGGCAGCACCCUAGGUGAGGAGUACUGUGAGCUGCUUUCAGUGUCCCCGGGCCUUCAGCCCAGCCACUGGCAGCGACGUCUUGCUGCUACCAGCCUUGGGGCAGCCUGGCCAAGUGUUGAAGCAAGACUGCCACGGAGGUUGGCAGCACUGGCAUCUUCGUACGUCCCAAUUUUUCUCCGACUUCACCUGGCCAUGUUCUACCUCUUUGGCAAAUAUCGCCAUGUGUCCGAUAGGUGUCUGUCCCUUCGUUCUGUGAGCAUGGCCGAGAGGCCGUAUCGCAGCUUCAGCUAUCGACCGCUUGGUGUCUUGCUGCUGGCACAAGUGCUCGGACAGGUGAUCCUCAUCGCUCUAGAAAGAAGAAGGUCAUCAACGGUGCCGGCUGACACUGCAAUUUCAAUGGCAGGCAACUGGGAUACCAGCAGCAGCUUGGGCAGACUUUCUCGCGGUCCCGGGGAAGCUCCUCUCUGCAACAUUUGUAUGUGCGCGGCUGAAAUUCCAACGGUUUCCCGAUGCAUGCCGCUCGCCUCACCACCAUGGCUUCUACUGGCUUCGCUGUCCGAGCUGGCUGCGCGGGAAUCCAUGGAAGGCUGCGCAGGGGACUUCACCGCAACAGGUGCCGACACGCUGGGAAAGAAGUUUGCGAAGUGCGCAGCUGCUUUGGAUGCUGCCGGUGGGCACCGCAGCAUUCUGCCAAGCACAGUGGCUAUUGGUUUUGCCCUGCUGGUCUUCCUUUCAGUGUUUUCGUCAAAGCUUGGUGGCGUGCACGAAGUGCUGCUGCAUCCUGCAUACUUGGCGGUCACUCGGUUGGUUGACCAGACCAAGAAGACUGAGCGACAAGUUCCGCAGCACAGUUGUGCUUGUCACGAGGGAACCGGCUCGCUGCAGCUCGCAGCGGACCUGCGUUACCGAUUCCUACGCGUGGGGGUACCUCAGCUUUGCAUCAAGGAAGCCAACAUGUUCAAGGGUAGAAUAAGCAGCGUGGCACGUGGCGUGUCAGGAGUGGCCGAGUGUCAGCGCCAUUUGGAAUUCAGCACCUUCGUCCCAGCCUGCUACGGGGUCGUGGACAUGUGGCGCUUGUUAUCAGACAAGACUUUCUUCCGCGCAACGUUUGGCGCGCAAAUCCGAAGCUUGCCCUACGGCAGUCCUGGCAAAGAUGAGGCUGCAGUCGCCCAGGUAGCCCUCGCGCAUUACAGAAAAUGCAAGGCGGCGGGCAGCAUGUACGUCGGAGUCUACUUCAAUGCUAUAGAUGAAGAAGCCAUGGGGUACGAGCUUGGGAUGUGUUUGCCGUCGAUGCACUUGAUCUGGAACGCUGAGAGGGAAACGUUGGCUCGGUGGUGGCUGGCCUCCCAAAUGGGUUCCUGGCAUCCAGAACUAGAAAUUGAUGCUGGCAGCCUCAAAUUUGCAGAGCUCGCCCAUCGGUCAGAGAUUCCCGUGGAUUGGGCUAUCGUCGGCCUUGGACGGAGCGGCACCACCUCUCUCGCCGCCUGGCUCGACACACACCCGCGGCUGGAACUGCUCCAUGACAAAGAGGACUCCUUCCAGGAAGGCUCCUUUCAAUACUUGUUCCGCCGUUCGAAUCUCGAGCAUUUAGUCAGACGUGAGGACUUGUCGGCAAGGCUAACGAAAAGUAGCAAGCGAAGGCUUCGAAUCUUAGCAGGGUUCAAAGAGCCAACCCUGCUGCAAUCAGAUCGAGGGAGGGAAAUCCUGGCCGAGAUGAACCAUGUGAAGAUUUUGGUGAUCGUCAAGAGUUGGGCAGAUUGGCUGAAAAGCCACGUCCUGUUUGCCGGAGGGACUGCCUGCUUUCCCAGAACUCUCGCACAGUUGGGCAACGCUUCACUGAAGCACUCUUGUGGCUUCUCCUUUGAGCUCGGCCAUGUCGUGCCAAAGAUGCAGGACCUGGAAUCUCGAGGAGUGGCUGCGAAUCGAAUGAAGCUGGUACACUUGGACGCUCUUUUGGAGGAGGGCCCAUCGUCUCUGAAGCGCAUUGCUGCCUUCCUGGGUGCUGGCCAAGCAAACUACUCGGACUGGACUCCUCUUCAGCAGCGAGGCCGUGUGGUGGUCAAUGAGGCCGACUUCUGGGAGGAAUGGUGCCAGUUGCCUGAAGACAUGGCAGGGCAACUGGAGCGAAGACGAGAUGCUGCAACGGACGGGCUGGCACAGAUGUUGCGCAGAAACCAAGAACCUGUGCCGCCAUCUCUCCUGCAACCCGAGUCCUUACAGAAAUAUGCUUGCAGUCGUGCAAUGGAGCUCAAAACCAAUUGCAAGUGA